AGCUUGUUGAAAAAAACUAAACUGAAAAUGAAAUCAAUUUGACAAAUCAUAAGUUUGAAAAUAAAUCAAGAAAAAUAAUUUUCCCCCGCACAAAGAGAAGACAAAAGAAGAAUGAAAAUUCUUUCAGAAAAUGUUCGAGACACUUUGCUUUGAACCUAAUUUUUGAGCUGUCGGUGGUUGAAAGUUUUAUGUCAUCGAACAAAAAGUAUUAGCUACAAAUCACAAAUCGCAAAAGAAAGCAACGUUCUCAUAAGAACUUGAUAGGAUGGGAAAAUAUUUUCGGUUGAAACUAUUUGUGAAUAAAAAUUAUUAGCAAAAGAAUUCAAUUCAAUUUGCAUGAUAACUUACAAUAUAAAACGCAAACAUUUAGUUACUAUUUUUAUGAUGAAGUCAAACGAAAAAACAUGUGAAACAAUGUGUUCAGAUAACUAGAAAAAUAGAAAGGAAACCCAUCACAUCCUUUGAAAAGGAAAGCACAAAAAAUAAAUUUUAUAUUAAAGAAUGUCCUGUAGUGUAUCAGAGUUACCUGCGGGGUGUCGACUUCGUGGAAUGGGCUCUGGAGUACAAAGUGGCUCUCUUAAUAAAUCCUUGACGGGCACGGGUCAAGAGUCACCUAACGUAGCGUUGCAGAGGUCACAAAAACCAUGUUACUUUUGUUGGUGUUGUUGCUGUAAUUGUUCUUUGGCAAUAAAAAAUGCAGAAGAUAAUGGACCAACGAAAAAAGAUCCUGCUAGUUCUGACUUACUUUGUGAUGGUGAACAACCAUCAGUGGAAGAAAUUCGAAGUUGGGCAAAAAGCUUCGAUAAACUCAUGAGAAGUUCAGGCGGACGUAAAAUAUUUCGUGACUUCCUUCGCUGUGAAUAUAGCGAGGAAAAUAUUCUGUUUUGGCUGGCAUGUGAAGAGUUAAAGCAAGAAACUAAUCCGGUGGCAAUAGAAGAGAAAGCUAGAAAUAUUUACGAAGAUUAUAUCUCAAUAUUAUCACCAAAAGAGGUUUCUUUAGAUUCUCGAGUUAGGGAGAUAGUGAAUAGAAACAUGGUUGAGCCUACAAUCACAACAUUUGAUGAAGCUCAACUACAAAUUUAUACUUUGAUGCAUAGAGAUUCUUAUCCAAGGUUUAUCAAUUCACCAUUGUUUAAGACACUGGCACAGAUAUCUGAAGGAUCAACAGCAUCAAAUACUGAAAGUCCUGAAUGAGGUCACCAUUAGGUUGUAAUGUAGGUAAUUUCACUUAAGUUAAGAUCAAAAAUAAAACAUCAAGAGAACUUUUAAGAGAUUAAAGAUAAAAAUAAUGAAGAAUUCAAGCAAGGAUUUAAAAUUAAAAAAGAAAAUGAACCACAAUUGUUGUUGGC